CGGCCCCUCCUCCCGCCCUCCCCGCGUAGAGCCGAGCGGCAGCUUAAGAGCCUCUCGCAAGUCUCUCACACUUCCCCGCCGUCGCCCCCAAAGGAGCAGCCGCUCCUCCUCGCGCCGCCGCCGCCGCCGCCGCGGCGCCCGCAGAGCUCCUCUCCUGCACAUCGCUCCCCCGAUGGAGCCCGGGCGCCGCCGCCGCCGCCGCUGCCCAGAGCCCUGAACCGGGCCUCCUCGGCCGGAGAAACGUGCCGCCCGGCCCGAGGGCGCAUCAGGGGCACGCCGCCGGGGGUGCAGGGCGCGGGUUUCGGGAAGGAGAAAGUGCUGCUCUCCAGGGUCACUUGGCCAGCGGCGGGGGGCACCAUGGCUUUGAAGGACACGGGCAGCGGCAGCGGCACCAUCCUGCCAAUUAGCGAGAUGGUCUCCUCGUCCAGCGCGCCCGGCGCGUCGGCAGCCGCCGCCUCGGGGCCCUGCAUGCCCUCGCCCUUCCCCGAGGUGGUGGAGCUGAACGUAGGGGGCCAGGUCUAUGUGACCAAGCACUCGACGCUGCUCAGCGUCCCGGAUAGCACUCUGGCCAGUAUGUUCUCGCCCUCUAGCCCCCGGGGCGGCGCCCGACGCCGGGGCGAGCUGCCCAGGGACAGCCGGGCGCGCUUCUUCAUCGACCGGGACGGCUUCCUCUUCAGGUACGUGCUGGAUUAUCUGCGGGACAAGCAGCUCGCGCUGCCGGAGCACUUCCCCGAGAAGGAGCGGCUCCUGCGCGAGGCCGAGUACUUCCAGCUCACCGACCUGGUCAAGCUGCUGUCGCCCAAGGUCACCAAGCAGAACUCGCUCAACGACGAGGGCUGCCAGAGCGACCUGGAGGACAACGUCUCUCAGGGCAGCAGCGAGGCGCUGCUGCGCGGGGCAGCGGCCGCAGCGCCUUCGGGUCCCGGAGCGCACGGGGGUGGCGGCGCACCGGACAAGCGCUCCGGCUUCCUCACGCUCGGCUACCGAGGCUCCUACACCACGGUGCGUGACAACCAGGCGGACGCCAAGUUCCGGCGCGUGGCGCGCAUCAUGGUGUGCGGACGCAUCGCGCUGGCCAAGGAGGUGUUCGGAGACACGCUCAACGAGAGCCGCGACCCUGACCGGCCGCCCGAGAAGUACACGUCCCGCUUCUACCUCAAGUUCACCUACUUGGAGCAGGCGUUCGAUCGCCUGUCUGAGGCCGGCUUCCACAUGGUGGCGUGUAACUCCUCGGGCACCGCCGCCUUCGUCAACCAGUACCGCGAAGACAGGAUCUGGAGCAGCUACACGGAGUACAUCUUCUUCCGACCAUCUCAGAAAAUAGUGUCACCUAAACAAGAGCAUGAAGAUAGGAAACAUGACAAAGUCACAGAUAAAGGAAGUGAGAGUGGGACUUCCUGUAAUGAGCUCUCCACUUCCAGUUGUGACAGCCACUCAGAGGCAAGCACUCCCCAGGACAACCCACCCAGUGCCCAGCAGGCGACAGCUCACCAACCUAACACCUUAACAUUGGAUCGUCCUUCCAAAAAAGCACCUGUGCAAUGGAUGCCCCCACCAGACAAACGCAGAAACAGUGAACUCUUUCAGACACUCAUCAGCAAAUCCCGGGAAACCAAUCUUUCCAAAAAGAAAGUCUGCGAGAAGCUAAGUGUGGAAGAAGAAAUGAAAAAGUGUAUUCAGGAUUUUAAAAAAAUCCACAUUCCAGAUUAUUUUCCAGAGCGCAAACGCCAGUGGCAGUCUGAACUGUUACAGAAGUAUGGGUUAUAGUAAUUAUCACAUUCCUGCAGUAUUUCAAUGACGUUCAGUGUUUACUACGGUGUCACCACCUGACUGCGUACUAACAAUGGUCAGUGUGAUUCUUGCUGCUCUUCCUUUUUGUGAACAGUGGAUGUGGGACAGUAUUUUCUUUCAUUCUUUUUGUUGUUGUUGUUGUUUUUAGAAAUAUGAUUUUUAAAAAAGAAAACUAAUAAAUGUUGAAUCAAAUGGUGUUCCUGAUUCAAACCGUUUUGCAAGAAUGAAAGUAAAAUGUGCAUGACCAAGAAGCUUAGAAUCUUGAUUUUUGAACUGUGGUCAUGUUUGUCAUUUUGUAACUCACCAAAAGCAAAUCAUCAUAUCACUCCAAGUAAAGUGACAACAUGGAUGAAGCCACAUCAAGUAAAAUGUUAGAUCAUGGUUUUGGGACCCAAAUCCAAAACUGUUUAAAUGUUAAUGCAAUAAAACAAGUAUUAUUUUUGCAUGAGCACAAUGUUACAAAUAAUUCACAAGAUGUAGGGAAGAUUUGUUUGCUGCUUGGAAAGAAAAAAAACUAUGAAAAAAUAGCAAAAAAAAAAAAAAAAAAGAAAGGUUCAGGCAAAGCCUAUAAAUGUAAGCUGUCUAGGAGAUUGAAUCUUAUUUGUUCUGGGUCUGUGAUUUUUUUGUGUAUGUGUAUGGUGUUCUGUAUGUAUGUUAAGAUGAUGUAAAUAUGCCUUAUAAUCUUGUGUUAUGACACUGACAUUCAUCUAUUAAUGCUAGUCAUGAUUAUUUCUGUGAAAUGAGUCCUUACAUCAGGCUGUGAAAAUUGGUAUAAUGAUGCUCUGCAAGAUCUGACUAUAAUGUUAAUCAAAAUAAUUGAGGGAAAUGGUAAAGA